AUGUGGGGCCGGAUCGUGAGCAGCGUGAGCAGCGCGCUGGACUUCAACCAGGCGACGCUGAGCGGGUGUAUCGACAUCGUGUGCGUGCGCUGUCCGGUGUCUGGACAGCUGCAGUCCACGCCCUUCCACGUGCGCUUCGGAAAGGCCAAGCUGCUGCGCUCGCGGGAGAAAGUGGUCUCCAUAGCUGUCAACAGCAAACCCACUUCUUUGUCCAUGAAGCUGGGCGCCGCCGGCGAGGCUUACUUCAUCCAGGAGCUGCAGGACCCGAGCCAGGUCCCCGACGAGGACCUCGCCAGCCCGCUGGCCUCCCCCGGCGCGGCCCCGGGGGGCCCCGACCCCAGCAGCAGCAGCAGCAGCGUGGAGCUGUCGCUGUGCGGGCACCUGCUCUUCGGCACUGCAGCAGAGGCGCAGCACGACGCAGACGUGUUUGCUGCUGGGCUUUUGAGCUGGGGGGCCCUCGAAGAAAACCCUAGUUUGUGGUAUCACCCCUCGCUGGUGGCCAGGUUCGAAGGGGGGCCCCCCUACUACCCCGGGAAGGUGGCGCUGCCGCUGCUGGCCAGCUGGCUGCUGUUUGGGAGGCCCCUGGCGCUGGGGAGUGUGCGCAGGUUGAUGGCUGCGGACCUGCGCUACACCGACGGCCCCUGCAGCAGCAGCAGCAGCAGCAGCAGCAGCAGCAGCAGCAGCAGCAGCAGCAGCGGCGGAGGCGGGGCGGGGGAGGGCAGCGAGGGGGAGAGGCUCAGGCCGCAGCCGCUCGCGGAACCUGCGCUGGGACAGCAGUGCUUCAAACCCCAAGGACUCACCUGCAGCAGCGCCGUCAGCGACAGCGAAUCCCCCGCCUUUGCUGCUGCCAGCGCCCCCAGCGGCAAACGCCUCAGACGCUCCCUGCGGCCUACCCCGGAACAACUGGAGGCUUUGGACUUGAAGCCCGGGGCGAACAGCGUUUGCUUCACAGUCAGCUCGGCGCUGCAGGGAGAGAAAAGUGUUUGCGGCACAAUUUAUUUGUGGCCGACGGACAUUAAAAUUGUGGUUUCUGACGUCGACGGCACCAUCACCAGGUCGGACGUGCUGGGGCAGCUGAUGCCCAUUGUGGGGCGGGACUGGUCGCACACCGGAGUGGCCGAACUCUUCACCAAAAUAAAAAGAAAUGGAUAUUUAAUUCUUUACUUGACCGCCAGGGCCAUUGGCCAGGCCGACGCCACCAGAGACUACCUCUUCGGACUCACUCAAAAAGAAAGAGACAAACUCCCAGACGGCCCGUUGAUACUGAGUCCGGACCGGCUUUUUCCUUCUUUUAGGAGAGAAGUAAUUGACAGAAAACCCUACAUUUUCAAAAUAGCAGCGUUGAGAGACAUUAGGAGUCUUUUUCCUGCAAACCGAAACCCUUUUUACGCUGGGUUCGGUAACAGAGAGUCGGACCAUCGGGCGUAUAUCCAUGUGGGCAUUCCUGAGGCGAAAAUAUUUAUUAUUGACACUGCUGGGGUUAUUCACCACAUCAGCAACGCCACUUACGCGCGCACGUACGAAACGAUGAGUGACAUCGCGGAGCACAUGUUUCCCCCGCUGAGGAGUUCUUUGAAAAGAGACGAAGCAGAAGAUGAAGCGGUUAGAGAAAGGAAAAGACUGCAGUAUAUAUUGCAGCUAGGCCAGAAGGAGAGACACGAGCAGCAGCAGCAGCAGCAGCAGCAGCGCAGCAGCAGCAGCAGCAGCGGCGGCGGCGGGGGCGCCCUCUGGGACUUGCCCACAGGGGUUUGCUGCAGCGCCUGCAGCGACGAGCAGCAGCAGAUCACCAUCUAA